UAUUUGUAUUGCUUGGAACUGGAUUACUUAAAAUUGUAGUAAUUGUAAGAGUUGCAGCAAAAUCGCAUGAAUUGGCAUGUGCUCGUAGACUUUGCGAUGUAAAUUACUCACAAGAAAUUUCCGGCACAUGA